AUGAAUCUCAGCACAAGAGGGCUGGAUAUAACAUGUAACUAUACAGCUGGACAACUGGAGAAGGUGAUCCUCCCUGUCUUGUAUUCUUUCACUAUUGGCAUUGGAUUGCCAGCCAACAUCCUGGCCUUAUCACUCUUUGUACACCAAUCUUUUAAGAAACAUGGAGUCCUUGUCUACCUGGCAAACCUGUUGGUGGCUGAUCUGAUCAAUUGCCUGGCCCUUCCAUUCAGAUUGGCUCUGCUUACUACAGGAGACACCAUGGAAGAAAACUCUGGGACAUGUAUGGCUGUGACAGCAAUUGUUAACGUGGUGUUUUAUUCUACACUGGCAUGCAGGACACUCUGCAUUAUCUUCAUAAGCAUUAGCCGAUAUGUAAUAAUUGUAAAGUACCACAAUAGCAAAAUGAGUGCAUUUUAUGGUGCAGCAUUUGCAAAAUAUGCCUGCGUUGCAUUCUGGACUAUGGGGAUUCUAAUAGUAUCAAUCCCCUUAAUUGAUAUGUUAAGGCUAAUGAGCACAUCUGAAUCUAUCUGCUAUAGUGUCAAGGUUUACAAAAGUGUGCAGGCCACUUCCAUUUUGUUUGUAGCCAUUUCAGUUGUGUUCUUUAUCAUUUUAAUGGUGUUUAUUGUUUUUUAUACCUUUAUCAUACUGUAUUUGUUCAAAGUGAGUAAAAGCAGCACAGUUCAACAAAACCAGGACCUUCACAUUCGAACACAGUUCAUAAUUUUGGCUACCAUAGCUGCCUUCAUCAUUUGCCAUUUGCCAUAUUACAGCUAUCAGAUCACAUCAAGUAUUUAUCGAAUCACGUAUUCUGACUGCCAGCAUCUGGAGCAAAUGCAAAAGGCAAAAGUUAUGGUACUGUGGCUGGUUUCAUUCAACAGUUGUUUAGAUCCUAUUCUGUACAAUGCAAUUCCCAAAUGUUCUUCAAAAGUUAGGUUUUACCCUGACCAAAGCACUGCAGAAAGAUGUCCAGAAAUUGAAACUGCAAAUUAUCAAAACAAUCUUGUGAUAAGAUGCAAUAUUUACCAAAUGGGAAUACUUACACCUGAUUUUUAA